AUGGCGGAGUCGUUUACCUUGGCCGCCACAACCGCUUCACUAGCAGUUCGCCGAUAUCACUGGGGUGUUCAAGAUGCGCAUCGCUUGCAAAUCGCAGUCAUGGACAGCACCUCCUUGAAGGUGAUUCGGCUUCUUUCCGACACUUUCCUCUGGCUCGCCCAAGCGCAGACCCUUAUACGGCUUUUUCAGCGUCAGCGCGAGAAGAUUAUCAUCAAGUGGGCCGCUUUUGCCCUCAUCACCCUCGAUGUCAUUUUUAGCGCGCUCAACAGCUUUCAAAACUCCAACCCCACUAACCAAGGCAGCACGCGGCCUCAGAGCUUCGUCGAAGCAAUCCCCGCCCUCAGCUACCUUUUCCAGCUCUCCCUAGGCCUGCUCUAUGCCGCCUGGGUCAUCUACUACGCUAUCCUUAAGAAACGAUACGCGUUUUAUCAUCCGCUCAUGAAGAACAUGCCCCUCGUCGCCGCUAUAUCCCUGUUCUCUAUACUUGUACCCGUUGUGUUUUUCAUUAUUGACAUCUCGAAACCUGAGUUCGCCGGCUGGGGCGACUAUGUUAGAUGGGUCGGCGCUGCGGCAGCCAGCGUGGUUGUGUGGGAGUGGGUAGAGCGCAUAGAGGCGCUAGAACGCGAAGAGAAGAAGGACGGCAUUCUAGGUCGCCAGGUAUUUGACGGAGACGACAUGGUGGAGGCGUCCGCGUCGUCAGACUCCGCUUGGUCCCGCAAGCUGAAGAAACACGACUCCGAAGGAACAGGUGGCGAUGGAACGGGCAGGGGCUCCGGACCGCUGCUGUCGACUCGGGGAAGUAUAAUAGCACACCGGCGACGGUGGGGAGAGGGAUCGAGCUCCCGGACAGGACGGGGCCGUGGAAAACUUGCGGCCCCCAUGUGGCCGGCUCACCCGCCGCCGGUUGCGACCCCUAUAAGUCGUACCGAUACAGCCAGCGCGGCGAGCACGGUUUACGCGGUUCGAUACCAGCAGGCAUCGGAGGGAACACCUGAACCUGGAGCCGUUGGGCCCUCUGCCGGCGGUGUCCCCCUCCGUACGACGGUGCUGUCUCCAAGCGGCAGCUCAGACGUCAGCCACGCCAUCAGCGGUAGCGAAAGCACAGGGCCGGUGGCCGAGGCUAACGCAAAUCGCGCGACCCUCUUCCACCGGGGCGAGGGCCAGUCGACGGGAACGCAAGGAGAUGUCGAGGCCCCGGAGCCGGUGCACCGUCACCGUCGGGAGGACCUCACACGAUUCGACUGGCGGUCCAAGCUCGAGGACUUUGCCGCGACGCAAGCCGAGAAAUUUCGCGAUAGGAUCCGGCCGCCUACGGACGCGGACAAUAUGCGGGUCACCGUCAUUCCAGCGCCGCCUCGGCGGGCGCUGCCCUGGAGCAACUCUUGGAAGAGGAGGAACGCAGCAGCGAAGAAGCUGACCUAG